GGCAAUCUGUUACCUAUGACCAGCAAUUCAUCAUUUUCAAUAUUCUGGAAAAUGUACAGUGUUUUCGUGUGGUCGCUCGAAUUGGUUUACGUGGUCACAUUAAUCCCUGCCUGCUUCUUAGUACCGAUAGAGAAAGCAUUGAGUGAUGGAGUAACUACUUUGAUCGUCAUGAUAGAAUCAGUUUUCACCAUUGUGCGAAUACACGUGCAGACAACAUUGAUACAACAAUUGAUACAAAAACUGAAUGAGUCUCUGAACACUGAAGACAAGAACAUGAAAAAUAUCGUAAUUAUGGCUGUAAAUCCCUUGAAGACUCCAUUCAAAUUUUACUUAGUGAUUGGCACAUUUUCUGUUUUUGUCUGGUCUUGUUUAUCAUUCUUAAUAAUAUUCGAAAGGAGUACUUUUUACUACGCAGAUUUUCGAUCUCCAGCCAUUUAUUCUAAAGAACCAUUCUCUAUUAAUGUUUUCCUAUUGGGUAACGUGAUAUCAAUGGUCAGCAAUGUAUACAUUUUUUUAAAAAAGGUUAGCGUGGAUAUCUAUACAACACAUUUAAUAUCAUUGAUAACGUCGCAAUAUCACUGCAUCGCUUCGAGACUUGUAUUAGUAUUUCGAAACACUAAUCGACAGGAUAACAGCAGUUUUUCAGAAAAUGAUUUCACAAAUUCCUGCGUAGAGAAGGAAAUGAAAAGUUUAUGUCGAGUAGCUCAAAGGCGACUUCAUGCUGCAGAAGUAAAAUGUCGAAAAGCUGCGAAAAAAACACUUUUGACACCAGGACAUAGAGCUCAACGAAUGGAUUUUGCUAUGAACCAUCUAGAUAUUACAGAAGAAGAGUGGCAGAGAGUAAUAUGGAUGGACGAGAAAACUUUUUCAACUGACAAAGAUGGUCGUUAUCGCGUCUGGAGAACCGACAACACCAGAUAUGAGCCAAACAACGUUUUACCGUCAACGUCUAGUGGUCACGUCACGGCAGCAUUCUGGGCAUGGAUGUCGGCUGACGGUCCAGGAGAUCUGGUAGAAGUAGGAAGAAAUUUUAACGCUGAGCAGUAUGUGGACAUUCUUGAUGGAGUCAUGCUGCCCAGUAGUACAGAUAUAACGGAUAAAGCAUUUCACGAAGAUUGGAACCGAUUCAGUUUGUCUAUAAAGCAUUCAUUUUUAUUGGCGAUAACAGCUAGUAAUAAUAUUACUAUUAACCUUUCAUUAUUUGAAAAUUUCAACUUAUCUUUACCUUCAUUUAUGGCGGUUAUAAAUCAGUCAUAUACUAUUGCUCUUCUGAUAUUAAAGAUGAAGUAA